AUCCACAAGAUCACCCAUCCAUCAUGUCAUCGCUAGCUUACUUUUUAAAGUGUUUCAAGUGUCUUACUUAAGGUUGGUGCAACAACUUUCCAUGCUAUUUCUAUUCACCCAGAAAAAAUACUGAUCCGUCGUUCUUAAGGAGAAAGUAAAUCAAUUCAAUCUUAAAUUCAUAUAAUUUACUGACUACUCCCGUCUCGAAAUUCAAAAUCGAGGAUACUAGGAUCGCUCCCUUUUGAAAAAUCCACUCGAGAACACAAUCCUCUUGACUUCAAGAACUUUUGCUUUCAAAAACAAAUGGACAAUUGAUCUUGAAUUUUUCGAUUUCAACGUUGAAAAUCCAAAUUACGAGUAUUUUCUUCUUGAUUUUAAGAACGUUUAUUCAGAAACAAGAAAGAAAAUAAAUAAAUAUGUGAUUUUACCAUUUAUAAGUUCUCAAUUUGGUUGGGUGUAGAUAUAUUUUUUUAGGUAAGACGAUUUAGAUUCAGUAAAAAUAAAAGUAGGAACAAAUAACUUGGUUGUUAUAAUUUUCAUGGUAGAAGCGUGGUUAAUUGUGAUUUUUUUGUAAUUUGAAUGACAACUUUGAGAGGCAACAGUCUUUUUAGUAGACCACCAUGAAGUUAAUACUAGGUUUGACCAUUUUUGCUGUUAUUUGGUUUCCUGCACUCGGCGCCAGGCGCAUGUCGUAUAACGGCAACUGUAUGGUGAAAAACAGGAUGAAGACCUGUAAAGGACCUCUUAGAUCGUUUUAUACCUUUUCACGAACGCUCUUAGAUUGUGUACCGGUAUAUACCAAGUGUACCAAGGUAAACAGGAGAAACGAGUACCACACGGAAAAGUCAUGCCAAGAUGACUGUCACUAUUUUAGGCAACUCCCGAAGAAACCAUGGCAACAGGGUUCGAAUCAUGGAGCAGCUCCUGUAAAUCCACCCGGUCCUGAAAUUACGAGGAGAACAACCACUACCACCACUACUACCACUACAACCACUACAGAACAUGCAGAUAAGACAGAUUCAGAUGCAAAUGAGGUAGAAUCCUCAGCAACAACUGAAGAAUCAACAACAGAGGGUUCAGAAAAUGAAGAAUCAACUUCAGAAUCAAAAGAAACUACUGCAGAAACAGAACACAAUGAAAAUCACAAUGAACAAUAAUCUAAAUAAUCUAAGUCUAAAAGAUCUUUAGAUCAGAAAUCAGCAACGUAUAAAGAAAUAUUAUACAAAUUUAUAAAAUUGAAAUGAAAUUUUAGUUCAUAAUAGUUUACCUCGAAAACAAGUUUGCAUUUUUUUAGAAAAAUCUUUCUCAGGAACUCCAAGACUUGUUAUAAUUUACACAUUUUAAGAGUUUACAUUGAAGUUACUAAAGCUAAUUUCAUUUUUAAAACGCCAACUUUUUAUCAUCUUCCUUUUUAAAUAGGUAGUAAUGUUGGAAUACAUUCCAAAAGAAUGUGGUUGAAGUUAAACACACUUGAAACGCUUUACCUGUUUUGUAAAAUAUAUAGUGCUUUCUAUAUAAAGGCCUUUGCACCGCUUUAUUUAUGAGUUAUUUACUAUUAUUAUUUUUUUAAAUUACAAAAAUAAACAC